AUUGCUCGGCGUGCGACGCCCGGGAUCAUUUAUAUACGGUGUGCUAAUCUGUAAUUAUGGCCAGUAGGCUCGGAAUGCUUCACACGAGCGGUCGAUUCAAUUUUUUAUUCGAUAUCCUUAACAUUUUCCACAUAGCAAUCGCAUUUUCGUUUUCUUCGAUUCCUUUUUAUUUCGUUUGAUUUUCAACUAUUGUUCUUUUCCGUUCGCGUUUUCGAUCAGUUUCGGAAUUCUGUUUUUUUUUCGAAUUUUUUUCCUAAAUCAUUGAUUCGUUGUGUUUAAAAUACAAUUUUCAUUGCACUCUCGAGAGACACUUUUGAUUCAGUUUGGUUUUUGUCAGCAACAACAAAAAACAACAACGGAGAACAAAUAAUUGUGUGUGUGUUUUAUUUACCACCAGCGUUAAAUAGAUCAUGUUUUUCCUUCCCUUUUCGGUUGUGAGAUAGUAAAAAGGGAAAUUUUAUGUGCAGAAUCCAUGAGUGCAGUUUGAAUCCUUGAACAUUGAAAACAAAGAAACUGAACAAAGUUUGAAUAGUGCGCACUCAUUCUUAAAAGGAGAAGAAAAGCGAUCUUCGUUCAUGUCGGAAACUCUUUUUUUUUUGGUCGCAAAUUAAGAGACUCUAGGAUCGCAUUUCAGUUUGCCGACAACGAGAGAACAAUACGGGAAAACAAAGUGUUAUUGGAUUCAUUGUCCGAAAAGGGAACAAAAAAAAUUUAAUCAGUACAGCUAUGUGAUCGAUCGAUGAAAAUUUUCAACAUACUAAUUUUGAAUUUCGUCAGAUAUUGAAAAACAUCAAUUAUAAUUACAUCGUCGAUUCAUCACCGUUGACUGUAAAAAAACACCGGGAGAAGAAAAGAAAUGAAAAACACUUAAAGAAAAGAAAAAGCCGAUAUCGAGCACCAAUAACAACAAAAAUCAACAGAGAGACACAGAGAGAAAGAGACAAAAAAAAUAACCGAAAAUUAUCAAGACUCUGCACCAUAGUCUGUGGUGUGCUGACAAAACUUUUUCAACUUUGAUGUUUAAAUUAUUUUUCGGUUUUAUUUUCGUUCGUUUCAUUGUUUUAUGCAAGUGCAUAUAUGCAUAUUUCGAUUUGCGCGCAGUUAACGUUUUAAUGCCGUUUUGUUAUUUCGGUUAAAUUUGUUGUGUGCUUUUUUUUCGGUCGUUCCUGUUCAAACUUCAAUAUUGACUCGUGUUACUUGUGGCGCGCGAAAAGAGAAGGAGUUUUCAAUAAACAGCAUAAAAAGUAGAAGAAAAAAACACACACGCGACACAAAACUACAAGUACCGGGGAGAAACAACAACAACAACAAUAAUAAUUCAAAAAAUUAAAACACAUUGGAGAAUCGAAAGAGCGAAACAACAAAAAAAAAACAAAGGAAAAAUUGGUGUAUGUGCGAACUCGUUUUUCGGUUGCAUUUGAGCGAAUUAUUCGACACAUUGUGUAUAUAUGUGUGUGUUUGUGUGCAUAUCUGAAAUGCUAUACGAACGGCAAGCAAAGUUGUUGAUUAAAAACAUUCAAACGAUUUGUUUGUUAUAAAAUUUUCGAUCGUUUCGCUUUUGUUUGGUUUUAUAAUUUACGGUUUUUUUUGCUUGAAUUUUUGCCGAGCACACAAUUAUUGACUUAGAAUCACAGCUGAGCGAAGGAGAGUGUGCGAGAGACAGAGAAGAGAGAUUUAAAUCAACCGCCACGCGAUUUGUGUAACCAAAUUCAUUGUUUGUCGAAUUGUUAUUUAUUUCUCACUUUUCUCGCGCAAAUUAUGAUCGAACCCAAUAUGCAACUAUUGUUUGAGUUGCAGUGCUAUGAUUGUGGUGUCGAUCGUUGUGCCGCCACCGCCAACGACAGCAACGAUGAUGACGAAAACUGUGUCGAUAAAGUCAAUUGUGAAAUUUUGUAUGCAUUGUCAUCGAAAUCAUUCGAUUCGACAACGUCAACGUUCAUUGUGAUGCUUAAGAAAUGGUUGUACGAUAAUUGCCAGCUUGAUAAAUACACGGGCAAAGACAAAGACAUUGCUGGCUUGAUCGUUGCAACAACUGCUACAGCAACAUCAACACAAAUUCAUCCGAAAAAUCAACAAGUGCAACCAAUACGGUGCCAAUUUCAAUCCGAUUCAAAUUCAUUGUACACCAAAAUUGCUGCAACACAUUCAAACAAUAUUCAAAUGGGCCGAAAUUGCGAUUUUCCGUCAACCGUUUACCACAACGAAUGCUGUAGUGGCAGCAGUAGUGGCGACAGCACCACCAAUAUUCACCACAGCAACAGCAGUGAUGGUGCACCAAACACUGACCGCCAUCAUCAAUUCAUUGACUGUUGCAACCAAUGUUUUCCAAAUCCAAUUAAAAAUGGACCAAGUGAUUUAUGGGGCGACGGUAAAGCGACAACAAUUCCUCCGCGUCAAUCGAAAAAUCACAAUGAAUUGCCAUGCAAUGAACAGCAAAAUUACAAUACAAAGACACAUCGAAAUAACCUCAGUGCUGCAGCAAUUGAUGCAGACAUUGAACAGGAGCAGAAGCAGGAGCAGCCAUGCAAUUUAUUCAGUACAAAAUUAGCGGGUGAGAAUCGGACAAUAGCAACGGCGACAACGGUCACUGUCGCUCGUUGUGAUGUGCAUGUGGAUGGUAACAAACCGAAUGCCAAACAAUCGAAUGGUGGUCAUACGAUGUCGGCGCCAUCAUCAUCAUCGUCAACAUUGAAAAAUGCAUCACUUAAACCAGUGCAACACCAUCGUUCACCAUCAUUGUCGUUGUCAACGGUCAUCGUUCAUAGGUCAAACCGGCUGAACAUAUUUAUUAAAUACCUACUUAUUUUAAAUUGUUUUGUGUGCGUUGCCAGUGGCAAUUUGAUGUCGCGCAAUGUUGGCAAUGAUCUAAGUAGCAAGCAUAACCAAACUAGUGUUGACACGGCGACCACACAACUCAAUGGCUCUGCAUCCACAUUGAUUGAUGCUGUGAAUGGUGGUGGUGGUGUAGGUGGUGGUGGCGUCAGUGGACGAAGAGGCAUGCUGACAACAGCUUCGCCACUCUUACUACAAUCAAUCAUGUCAAGCAAUCGAAGUCAAUUCAUGGCACCACCGAUGCCCAAUCAAAAAAAUGGCCGAUCCAACAGCAACAACCAUCAUCAUUUGCAUCAUCAACAGCCGGCAACGGCGGCGGCAGCAGCAGUGGCGGCCGCACAGGAUGUCAACUAUGACAAUUAUGGUGACAGUGGCAGUGAAGAAUUUACACGAUGUGCAUCAUGCCAAUUCCGUGAACAGUUGAAGGCACAAAAUUUGGCAUCAAUUAAAAUGCACAUUUUGGCCCGACUAUCGAUGACACAUCCGCCCAAUAUCACCGGUCGCCCACAUAUUUCCGAACAAAUCCUUCAGUCAUUCUAUCAGAACAACGAUUUUCGCUACAUUCGCAUCCGCAAUGGUAGUGGAGCCGGUGGCAGUGAUGAUUACAGUAGCGCACAGAAUGAAGACGACGACGAUGAUGACAUGAAUGAAAUGCAAGGCGACGACCCCAGAGUUACGAAUAACAAACAUCAACAUCAUCAUCACAUAUACAAUCGCAACGGUGGCAUCAAGAGUGGACUACACGAACAACAUCAUCAUCAUCAAUCGCCGCAAUACUAUCAAAACGGGGGACAUUCGAGACACGAAAACGACUUCAGCGAAGAUUAUGACGGUGAUCGCGGUGGAAUCGUUUAUAAAAUGGACUAUUUCGAUGAGCCACGAUCAUCAACCCGAUUCAAUCAUUACGAUGACAUGUCGUAUGACAGUGCCGAAGAAAACGAUGAAGCCUUUUAUUCAACCACCGAUGUCAUUUAUUCAUUUCCAAAACUAUCAAAAGCGCGGCAUCGUGGUGAUAUCCUUGAGUUUACCAUCAAGAGCACAAAUAAUUUAUUCGUAAGUGGUGCGACAUUCAAUAUGUUUGUGCGUGGUGAGGAUUGGAAGGCUGAAAAUGAACGUAGUAGUGGUAGCAGUGGCAGAAGUAAUGCGGGUGGUGGUAUGCAGCACACCGAUGACAUGGCAGCAGGAUCGUCAACGACAAUAACAACGCCGACUAACCGAGAUGUGCACACAUCCAGCGAAUCAUUACACAAGCUCCAUAGCAAAAAUGUCAACAGUAACCAUAUAUCAAUUUCCAUAAACCGUUUUAUACAUCGCCAUCAGCAACAGCAAAGCACCAAUGAACAGGAACAAUCGAAAAAAGCGGCUCAACCAACAAACCAGCAAGCGCAGCAACAGCAACAGCAGCAGCAGCAAAGGUACACGCGCAUCGAUAGCAAUUUUGUCGGUGAAAUACCCAAAGGCGCUGGCGAAUGGAUUCAAUUCAAUAUAACGCUGAUGGUGAGCGAGUGGAUUCAACAGCAAAAGCAUCAAUCAGUGAAUACUCAAUCGGCAGAUAUCGUUCAAGAAGUGGUUAUUAAAACGCUGGAGCCAUGGAUGCGCCAACUACUAGUAUUGGAUACCAAUUCAAAGAAUCGGCCUUACAUUGAAAUUCAGACGAGAGACAUGCGUAAGCAUCGCACAAAACGUCAUUUGCCGAAAGAUUGUCGGGAAAAUGAGAGACAGUCGCGAUGCUGUCGGUAUCCUUUGCGCGUUGAUUUUCGUAAAUUUGGAUGGGAUUGGAUUAUUGCGCCCGAUAUUUACGAAGCAUACUAUUGUGCCGGUGAAUGUCCGAUCGGUUUUUUGCCAAAGCAUCCGCACACGUACAUUUAUUCGUUGAGUUCAUCGUUUUCAUCAUGCUGCUCGCCACGGCGAUUGUCACCGUUAAGUCUUUUGUAUUUUGAUGAUAAUAAAAAUGUAAUUCAUAGCAUUAUACCAAAUAUGGCUGUAGAGAAGUGCGGUUGCGCAUAGGAAAUUGACCGCAUUUGCCAUUGAACAACAAAUACAAACAAACAAAACAGAUACAACAACAAAACAACUAGCAUAAACACUAAACAAACAAAAAUAAGAAAUAACGAAAAGAAAAGAAAAAAUAUGAAAGAAAUAUUGAGAGAAUGAGAUGAAAAAAAAAACACUGAGUAAAUAUAGUAAAGAGAUAGAGAUUUCGGGACUGGAGAGCAAAGAGAGAAAAACAGAGACAUCCAUCAUGUCAUAAUGUGUAUGCGAUUGUACAUUAUUUAAAUUAGCGUAAAUAUACAGUAUCGUUAUUCGUAGGAAGAUUUAUUAGAAUAUGGCAAAGUGAGAGAGCAGACACAGUCAAAAUGGGGGAGAGUGGGUCAAGACAGACCAAUUUACUACUACAACACGACACAUUUUUUUCCUAAUUUUUUUUUUUUUUUUGCUUUUCUAAUUUGUUCGUCAUUAUGAUUUUUUUUCUGUCUCUUUUCGAUUAAAUUUCAACCCAAUAGCUACUAUAUUAAUUUAAGAGAACUAUAGUAGAUUUUAAAUUUACUUUUCGUUCUUUUUUGGAUUAGGAAUGAAUAAAAAAAAAAAAACAUUUGUCUGUUUCUGUUGUCCGUUCGAACAUUGCGAUCUGACAACACAUCCGAAUUUCGGAUCGACGUUUUGGGAUAUUUUACUCCAUUAAAAAAAAAAACAAAAAACAAAAUGCAAAACAAACAAAAACGAAUCCAUACACAAACAUAUAUACUUUUUACUAGCUCUCUCGAAUAGGUAGGUAUUUAUAACUAAAUAUUAUAUUUAAAGAAAGAAAAAACACACACACAAAACAAUGGAACAAGUGAAUUGUAUACGCGCGCCUUGCCAGAUUACCAAACAAACGAACGAACGCAAAUAUCCUACCCCUCGUAGAGCUUACGAUUUAAGAUAGACGUUGUCUUUUAACAUUUAAUAUUACUACUUCAAACACACAACUAUUGAAAUAUAAUUUUUUUUAUUCUUCUUCUUCUACUACAACUACUACUACUUUAUUUUUGGUAUUCAUUUAAUUUCGUUCAAAUACAAUUCAGUUUUAUUAACUUAGUCACUUUUGUUUUUAUUUUUUUAUUUCUCUCUCUGUGUACAACUUUUUUCUUUUGUUUAAACAAACAAGCUGAUUAAAUGGAAAGAAAACUCGACAAAA